GAGGGACGACCCAUGACAAUGGCCGAAGCCCAAGACUCACAGCCCAAAACCAGCUGCAGUGACAGUGCUGCUCAACCCAAAAACCCAGAAGAAAGUUGCAGCGGUUAAGCCGCGUACUAGCAUUUCUGACAAACGUUCAACUGAGCAGCAGCCUCCCCAAAUAUCCUCCUUCAGCUCCAGGCGCUUCUCUCCUUCCGCCUCCUUCCAUGAAUGGAUCCCCUACUAUCACCACCGUCCGAGCCCCCACAAUGAGAAAUCCAACAGCCAUUAUAAGUCCAGGUCAGUCCUUCCAUUUCCUCUCCAUCCUCGCAAAAUCUCUCUCCUCUUUCCCUUCCUCUCUUCCCCUAGACCCUGACCCACCCGAUCACGACAUCCCUUUGCUCCUCCACCCCAUCCUCUCCAAACCCAAUUGGCAAAGACACCCCUCGCUCCCAAAACUAAUCCCGUCCAUAUCCCCUUCCCAUGUCCAUUCCCUUUUUUCUCUCAACCCCAAUCUCCUCCCCAAAACUGCCCUCGAUUUCUCCUAUUGGAUCUCCAAAAAACCCAAUUUCAAACACUCCGUUUUUUCCUAUUCUGCCCUUUUAAACAUCCUUGUCACUAACAAAUUCUUUGGUCCAGCGGAGAAAAUCCGCCUUGCCAUGAUCAAAUCUUCUUCUUCAAUCCAUGAAACCCGGUUCGUUUUAGAGUUCUUAACAGAAAUGAAUAAAAACAACCAGCUUCAUUCCACUUUUAAGCUUACCGUUAGAUCCUAUAAUUUUUUAUUGAUGUCUUUAUCGAAAUUCUCGAUGAUUGAUGAAAUGAAAUCUGUUUAUAGUGGAAUGUUGAACGAUAUGGUUUCGCCAAAUAUUUACACUUGGAAUACUAUGGUUAAUGCUUAUUGUAAGAUUGGGAAUGUGGUUGAAGCUGAUCUGUAUGUGAGUAAGAUUGUGCUGGCGGGAUUGAGUCCCGAUACCUUUACUUUUACUUCAUUGAUAUUGGGGCAUUGCAGGAAUAAAGAUGUAGAUAGCGCAUUCAGGGUUUUUAGAGUGAUGCCUAAUAAGGGUUGCCAUAGAAAUGAGGUUUCAUAUACAAAUCUUAUUCAUGGUCUAUGUGAGGCUGGACGUGUUGAUGAGGCUAUUAAGUUGUUUGAAAAGAUGGAGGAGGAUUUUUGUUAUCCUACGGUUCGAACAUACACAGUGAUCAUUAGUGGCUUGUGUGAAGUAGGGAGGAAGACAGAAGGAAUGAAUUUGUUUGAGGAAAUGUCACGGAAAGGGUGUGAGCCGAAUGCUCAUACUUAUACAGUAAUUAUUUAUAGCUUAUGUAAAGAAAAUAAGGUUGAUGAGGCAAGAAAAAUGUUAGAUGGGAUGUUAGAGAAAAGGCUGGUUCCAAGUGUGGUGACCUAUAAUGCUUUGAUUGAUGGAUAUUGCAAGCACGGAUUAAUGGAGGCUGCACUGGAAAUUUUGGGUUUGAUGGAAUCUAACAAUUGUUGUCCAAAUGAUCGAACAUAUAAUGAAUUGAUAGCUGGGCUUUGUAAGAAGAAGAAUGUUCACAAGGCAAUGGCAUUUCUUGAUAAGAUGCUUGAACUUAAGCUGGUACCAAGUGUAGUCACAUAUAAUUCAUUAAUUCAUGGGCAGUGUAAAAUAGGGCAAUUAGACAGUGCCUUUAGGCUGCUUGAGAUGAUGAGGGAGAAUGGUUUGGUUCCUGACCAAUGGACUUAUAGUGUUCUUAUAGACUCUCUUUGUAAAGUUGAUAGGGUAGAGGAAGCUCGUUUUCUGUUUGACUCUCUCAAGGGGAAAAGCUUAAAAGCAAAUGAAGUUAUAUAUACUGCUUUGAUUGAUGGAUACUGCAAGAUUGGGAAAGUGGAAGAUGCUCAUUCUUUGCUUGACAGAAUGCUUACUGAGGACUGCUUGCCAAACUCAUGCACAUACAAUGCUCUUAUAGAUGGGUUGUGCAACAGGAAAAACAUGAAGGAAGCGUUGUUUAUGGUGGAAAAGAUGGUGGGGAUGGGUGUAAAGGCUACAGUACAUACCUAUACAAUCCUCAUUGAAUGGAUGCUUAAAGAAGGUGACUUUGAUCAUGCUCAUAGGGCUCUUGACCAACUAUUUUCCUCGGGAUGUCAACCUGAUGUAUUUACCUAUACUGCUUUUAUUCAUGCAUAUUGUGGUGUAGGGAGAUUGAAAGAAGCAGAGGAUGUGAUGAUUAGGAUGAAGAAAGAGGGAAUUUUUCCAGAUUCUUUGACAUACACAUUACUUCUAGAUGCAUAUGGAUGCUUGGGAUCAGUGCAUUCUGCAUUUGAUGUUCUCAAGCGUAUGUUUGAUGCUGGCUGUGAGCCUUCUCAUCAUACAUAUUCUUUUUUAAUCAAGCAUCUCUCAAAGAAACAAGGGACAAAGGAUGAUAGCCCUGCAGUGCAUUUGGUUUUAAAUGCCACUCUGGUUAAUCAUGCUGAUGUGUGGAAGACAAUGGAAUUUGACACUGCUUUGGAGUUGUUUGAGAAAAUGCAUCAACAUGGUUGUGUACCCAAUAUUAACACUUACAGCAAGCUUAUUAUAGGACUUUGCAAAGUUGGCCGCUUUGAAGUAGCUCAAAGGUUAUUUGAUCAUAUGAGAGAACAAGGAAUAUCUCCUAGUGAAGAUGUCUACAACUCUCUUCUUAGUUGUUGCUGUGAGUUGGGAAUGUAUGAUGACGCAGUGAUAGUGGUGGAUCUGAUGAUAAGUUCUGGUCAGUUACCAAACCUGGAGUAUUACAAGCAACUGGUUUGUGGACUAUGUGCUGAAGGGAAUAAGGAGAAGUCUAAUAUGGUUUUUGAUAACUUGCUUCGUUGUGGUUAUAAUAGUGAUGAGGUAGCUUGGAAGGUUCUUAUUGAUGGCUUACUGAAAAAGGGGCUUGCUGAUAGAUGCUCUGAACUCCUAAGCAUCAUGGAAAAAAUGGGCUGCCAGCUCCAUCCUAAUACAUAUUCAAUGUUAAUUGCUGGACUUGAAGAAACAUAGAGCAUUUAUUCUUGGUAUUGUUUCCUUUAGAUUCUUGCCUUUUUGUUACUCAAAAAGAUGCCUUUGCGAUGCUCUUCCUUGUCUAGAUUGGCACUAGGAUGUAUAGAUUGAAGACAGCGUUUUGGCUUGCCAUCUCAAUACGUAAAAGAGGGGUUGAAACAUUCCAGUUGGCUGGCAAUAAGGGAGCAGUGAGAAGCACACACACAUCUGCUAAUUGUGGAUGUGGCCCUUCAUCAAACAAACCAUUUCACUGACAAUCGAGAGGCAAAAUAAACCAUUCAAGAUAUGAAAGGAGCAAGAGUUUACUCGAAAUGACCAUUAAGCCAUAACUUUUACCCUGCUUAGGAGGAUUGACUGAACAUAUAUUUUGCUUCACAGAAAUCCUCAAGCGUCUACUCAGUUGGAAAAGCAUCAAACUGAGCCUAGCUCAAUUACUACUCACUAAUAAAACCUUGUCGUCGGUAUCAACAUUAGAGAUUAUAUCUCCAUGCUAACAGCCUAACCACCUCUCACGUGUCAAAAAAGAAAAAAGAAAAGAAAAAGUCAACAAGAAGUAACUUCUGUACAGUGAUAAUUCCAAUGAAAUUGGAAUAAAAUAAAUAUGUAAUUCUUUUGAAAGGGUUUG